GUGUCGCAGCUGUCAGGCUGAUCGAGUUGUUCAAGUGUCAAUUGGACGAGUGUUUAUAGACUUUUGUCGAAGUUCGGGGGUUAUUCGAGGGCAUUUGAAACAACGAGGGGUGACAAGGGAGUGAGAGGUGGUUGAGGGGUCCAGGAUGGCGCUUAUUUACCUUGAGGAUAAUGAUCCGUGGAUUGUCGAGCAUGAGGCAUGUGAGGGACUCUUCCGAGAGAUCAUGGAGCAACUCAGCCAGCGAGAUCGGGAGCUGAGGACUUCACAGGCAUUCGCAAGUUUAUCAGCAAACAUAAGAUUUCAGCUCAAACAGUACACAGAUCAGAUUACCCAGUUGAGGAAGAAGGUGGACGAGGCCUUGAAGUUGAGAGUUAUAACCUUGGACGAAGCGGAGAGACGGAGACGACAGGUAGAACAGCUCCAGAGUCAUGUUUUCAAAAUCAAGCAAUUGUAUGAUGCGAGGAUGAAUCCAACAGCGUCAGAGAGGCCGAGUCUCAUUAAAUCCAGUGGAUCUGCAUUUGCUGAUGGAGGAACCACUGGGUGGGGACAGGAUGAUGACGAGGAUGAUCCUCCUUUGGAUCUCAAUGUCUCUGUGAGCGAUCUGAAGGCCCAGAACGAAGCUGCUAUUCAGGAGCAGGAUCGUGGGCUGGAUGAGUUGUACCAAGUCAUCGUGAGGCAAAAGAAUAUUGCCCAGACAAUCCACAAUGAAGUGGAUCAUCAAAAUGAAAUAAUUGACGACUUGGCGGACCACAUGGAGCGAACCGACGAGAGGCUGAUCGAUGGAACGAGGAGAAUACGCGCAAUCGAUCGCAGAGACAGAACCUGUGGAUACUGGGUCAUCAUAAUUAUCCUAUUCAUAAGUAUAAUUACCGUGGCUGUGGUCUAACGAUCGAAUGUGAUAAUUCCUAUUUUGUAUGCGAACGCUUGCAUAACCCCCGUACUGUAAAUUAAUGAUUAAGGGUUGAUGACUUCGACUGCUCGUAGAGGAUAUCAUUAACGAAAUUUAUUACAUUAAUCACUGGGCUCGGCCCUAUUCUACAAUUUCAAUACGUCAUUGUACAACAGUUGGAUGUCGUACAGAGCUGGGCAUUUUUUUUUAUAAAAAAAUUACAUGAAGAAUCCCUUUUAAUAUUUUGUGGAGCAACAUUAUUUGAAAUAAGUUUUCAAGUUCAUUAUUUUCGGUGCAUAAAUGAUUUGUUUAUUCCGGCUUAGGAAUCUCAAAUAAAUCGUUCCUGCUUCACUAUGUAUUAACAGGCAAAAAAAUCACAUGGAUUUAUAUGCUAACUUUGUGAUAAACUUCAAAAAGAAACUCUUCAAAACUCA